AUGGUGGGUGGGCCAUCUGAAGGAUUUACAGCUGGAGUAUUUGGGGUAACAGGUGACACAGAAAUGAUUAAAGGAAGGAUUGAAGUAAGUGGAGGUAAAACAAUCAAAGGUGAAGGACCUGUGUUAGAUGGCGAAACAGGGGAGGUUAUUGGUGGAUUUCCUGGGGAAAUAGGUCCUGGAUUAAUCGGAGAUAUUGGAUUGUCCGGCACCAAGGGCGGUACAGAGAGGGGCGGAACGACUGACGGUGUACUUGGUGUUGCAGGUGAUCCUCCAAGAGGUGGAAUAAUUGGUGAAGUAGAUGAUGGAUUAACUGGCGACACCGGUGACGGAAGGACAGUUGGACCAACUGGCGGAGUUAGACCUGUACUGACUGGAGGAGCAGGAACUGGUCCUACACCCACUGAAGGAGCUGAUACGGGAGAGGGUGAUGGAAGUAUGGGUGCACCAAGUGGUGGAAUUGGUCCUGUACUCAAUGGAGGAUUAGAAACUGGAUUAGUUACUGGAGAGGGUGUGGAAUCAACUGGCGGAGCUGGUAGUGGAAGGACAGGUGGACCAAGCGGUGGAAUUGGUUCUGUGCUGACUGGAGGAUUGGAAACUGGAUUAGAGGGUGUGGAACCCACUGGGGGAGUUGAUGCUGGAUUGACUGGUGGAGUAGGCGAAGGAACAACUGGAGGAGGAGGCGAAGAGCCAAGAGGGGGUAUAACAGGAGUAACUGGAAUAAAAUAUGGCGGAAAUAGAACUGAUCUGGCUUAUAUUAUUAAUUUGGGAACUGGUGAGAGAAUUGGGGCACCAGCCACAGCCACAACCGGGCCUCCGACAACGGGUUGUGCAAUUAAAGGGCUUACUUCAACAACAGGUCCCACAGAUAGCGGUACUACAGAUAAUGGAGGAGCUACUGGUGGAAUGGCAAGAUCCGGUGGGGGUACAAAAGAAGCCGGUGCAUCUGGAAGAAGAGAUGCACGUGCGAUUGGAGGAAUUUCUGGAGAAUUUGGUAAAGCUGAUAAGAGACAAAAAUUUGGAAUUGAUGAAUUUUUGGAACCUGAAACUUUGAAAGAGUUAUCAAAGACAAAUCAAUCCGGAAGAUCAGGUUUCAAAAAGGAGUUUAACUUUUUAAUACGAUGUGACGCUUUUGGUGGUGGUUCCAAAUUAUGUGUUCCGUUACAUCAACAUGAGCCGGCAUUUGCUGGCUCGCCAUUAUCUAAAGCUACUGAAAUGGAAGAGUUUAUGAAAGAAAUAGGGCAUUUAAUAUAA